AUGGUUGAAAUCAAGUUAACUGAGGAGCAGAAAAAUUGUGCUGAAUAUCCGCUUGACCAAAAAAUUUUAGUUAUUAAUGCUGACCCCGGCACUGGGAAAACCGAAGUGUUGAAACAACGAGUUCUUUUUAUCCAUCAACAAAAUCCGCAGCAGAAGAAAUUGAUUCUAGUCUUGGCUUACGGACGAAAUAUUGCCGCUGAAAUAAGAACCAAAUUAAAAGCCCAUAAAUUAAAAGUUUACAGUCGUUUAAAGAAAAUUUUACCAGAAUUGGCUCAUCAUCAUACGUCUAACGGCAUUAAUGACUUAGUGAUUAAAAAGCAAUUUCAGGAAGAAAGAAAAAUUCAAAUCCUAGUUGCUACCCAACGCGUUGAGCAAAAACAGGAAAAUGUUAUUUUGACAAAAAAUAUCACUCCUUAUUAUCAUUAUGAAAUUAACUAUGUUCGUUUUUUAAGUCAAGUUUCCUCUUUGUUACCGGCAAACUCUCAAUUAUUAGUUAAAUUAGAAGAGGACUUAAUUACUAACGCUAAUAAACUUAUCAGCCAACCAGAGCAAAAAAUCUGGCCGGAAUUUGAUUACAUUUUAGUGGAUGAAUGCCAAGAUUUAAAAGCGGAAACCCUCCGUUUAAUUACUAAAAUAUUUGGAAGUGAAGACACUAGUUUCACUUUUGUGGGCGACCCUAAACAGAAUAUUUAUGGUUUUGCCGGAGCCACCGAGGAUAUUUUUACCUUGUUAGAACAACAAUUUCCUCAGCAAACCCAAAGCAUUAUUGCUACUAGUUUUCGUUUAUCACCCGAAAUAGCCGAAUAUUCUAAUGAUUUUAUCAAAAAGUUUAUGACUUAUCGAGCCUCGAUUCAAACUACUAAACCGAGAACUGGCCAACAACCCCAAAUAUUUAUCGUUGGUCAAGAUCCUGAUUAUCAAUUAAGUCCCCACGAAGUAAUUGAAAUUGAGCAAGAAGUAGCAAUGAAUACCACCAUCAAAAGAAAUGAUUUAGUGCAAAACAAAAUCCGCCAAAAAAAACUUCACCAACAUUUAGAGGUUGUUCUACAACUUAUCAACCAACUCGAUAAAUUUAGUUCUAAAGCUAUUCUUUACCGGCAAAAUUGA